AGGUCAACCAGCGUAUCAUGCCCCAACGUAACCCUGGCCGACUGACACUCCUUCUCGCUCCCUCACCGGGAGCCUGCACCGCACACUUUACGUGGUGCCUCCGCGCUGACCAACGCUCACCCAAGCCCCGCUAGGGCCGGUACUACGCCCAGUAAGCGGGCUACACAUAAUGCCAACACAUUAUCCGCUGUGGCUUCGUAAGCCCGGCACCACACAGUGACAUUCACAGUCACUACACAUUGAUAGAGUGGUCACAAUUAUAUUUUAAAAAGGAAUUUUUCUUGUUGUUUUUGUUUUAUUAUUCUUGUCACAUUUGUACUACUAUUUUGUGUGUACAGUUUCCUGCAUUCGUCUAAAUGCAAGAUUAGCACAUUUCUCACAAUUCUUAUAAAUUGCAUAUAUUUAAUUUAUAUACGAACGAUUCUGAUGCGUGUGUCAUGAGAAUGAGAAUUGAUUUCAGCCAAUGAUUUUGUGCAUAGUUACAUGCAUUUUGUUUUCGUACAUGUAGGUACGUAUGUUAGUUGUUGAAGCCCCAUGUUGGCGUGGAAUGCAGAAGCAGCCCGCUAAUGUCACUGUGCACGUUCCCGCGCACUCAGCCAACUUCGACAUGAAGAGAAACGAGCUGACCCGCCAGGGCUUCCUGGACCUCACGCUCAUGGAGGCCAGGGACCAGGGUGGCGACCCUAGAGAUUUGUGGGUCACCUUGGAGGCCAUGGGAUACAACCGGGAUCUGCAUCUGGAUGAGGCGUGCCCGCUGGUGCUGGAUGUGUUCGCGGAGGAGGUGCGUCCACGGCUAAGCGCUCUGCCCGUGGAGGCGCUGGGCUGGCGCCUCGCCCGCGCCGUCUGCGAGGCCACGGCAGGCAAGGGGGAGGCGCGGGUGCUGGACGCCAGUGAGAGCGUCGUGGUGCACGUGCAUCGCAGCGAGAGCCGUAUCACCACCGUGCUGCAGAACAAGCGCGACAUCAAAGUUGUGGUGCGCGUCGACUGCUCCCAGAGCAAGAACUGCGUAAGCAGUCGCGGCAUGGACGUGUUCGCCGUUGAAGUCCCUCCCCACACUACAGUGAUCGGCCACCAUGUGAUGCCCAUGAACGAGCGACUCGACUGGGUAUACAACUGCACGGAGACUCUGCUGACCUGAAGCACAGAGAGCUCAUCGUCUCUCCUCUGAUUCUUCCUGGGAUUCUUCCCACUCAUGUGGGAGUCUGUCUUCCUGAUCCUUUUUCUCGAUCCCUUCCUAUUCCUGCACCAUCUCCAAAUCCAAUCUGCAGUCGGUUUACCACUUUGAAAACUAACACUAAACUCAACUAUUUUUAACCAGGUAAGGCCCACUGAGAUAUAUAGCUCUUUUUCAGAAGUGACCUGCCCACAAAUGAUAGCUGAACAAAGUGGCUUGUCAUGUGGAUAUUUAUAGUAGCCAUAUACUCUUAAACACAUGUUUCUAAAUGUGGAGGGAAAAACUGGAGGACCUGGUGAAAAAUCCACUUAACCAUGGUGAGAAAAUGUAUGCUCCAAAUAUACAGGCAUCGGGAUCGAACCCACAACCUGUAUACCAGGCGAGGUAGUUAACAUCUCGCCACCGUGAGAUGCUCGAGGGAGCCACCUCUCUCUAGCCCUGCCUCUCGGUAUGUGCGCUGGUGUUUCCACGUUCAUUGAAUUUCUCCCUAUGCGGGUUUCCUUUCAUCUCGUGGCAUGUCCUAGCCAUCCGAGUUGCCUUUCAGCUUGUCCGCCUGAGAUGGACACACUCUUGCCUUCUUCCUCGUACCUUAAUUUCUGACCCGAUCCCGUCUUUUCAUCACCGAUUCCAUCUCGUCGUCAUUAUUUGUCAUCUGAAGCGAGUCUACUGCUCUACAGCCUCUAAAGUGGCAUCUUUCAUUCAUACUCAUUCAGUGUUGUGUGUGGCCGCUUGUGAUUUAACCAUUGAUUUUGGUUUGUGUUUGAAUGGGAUUGGUGGCACUGGGGGUAGUGUUUUUGUUAUGUUUUAAUAAUUUGAAUGCCUAGUGGUGGUGGUGUCUUUUACAGUGAGGGAAAAAACUAUUUGAUCUCCUGCUGAUUUUGUACGUUUGCCCACUGACAAAGAAAUUAUCAGUCUAUACUUUUAAUGGUAGGUUUAUUUGAACAA